UUUCGUUUUUCCUCCUAAGACGCAUCUGUUUUAUAAAUACCUAUCUUAAGAUGGUUGAGUAGAUGCUCUCAAUUAGACCCAUUAGCAAUGGCAGAGUCUUCGAGCUUUUCGAGUGUUCCUCCUAUACUAAGUGUUCAGGAGCUCGCCAAAGAGCCCAUGACUGCAGUCCCGCAGCCCUUUAUCCUGGAUGAUCCGGAGCUUCCCCUUGAUCUUUCAAAGCGAGCCUCCCUGCCAACAAUCCCCACUAUUGAUAUGAAACAUUUGAUCAUGAGUGAAACCACGGAUUUCGAGCUGGAGAACUUGCACUCGACUUGCAGGGAAUGGGGCGCCUUUCAGUUGGUGAACCAUGGAGUCAGCUCUUCACUUGUGGAAAAACUGAAAUCUGAGAUCGGAAAAUUUUACAGACUCCCCUUGGAAGAGAAGAUGAAAUACAAGAUCAGGCCAGGUAGUGUUGAAGGAUACGGCCUGUCCCUAAUCCGAUCGCAAGAUCAAAAACUUGAUUGGGGUGAUAGGUUUUACAUGAUAACCAACCCUUUUCAUAGAAGGAAUCCACAUCUAUUGUCAGAGCUCCCUCCAUCACUGAGGGAUACCUUGGAAUCUUACUUAUCGGAGAUGCAAAAACUUGCGAUGACGCUUCUCGGGUUUAUGGCUAAAGCUCUAAAUUUGGACAAGAGAGAUAUGGAAGAGUUGUUUGAUGAUGGGAUGCAAUCAGUGAGGAUGACCUACUAUCCUCCAUGCCCACAACCAGAGCUGGUGAUGGGCCUCACCCCUCAUUCGGAUGCGUCUGGCAUCACCAUCCUUCUCCAAGUCAAUGGAGUAGAUGGUCUCCAAGUAAAAAAGGAUGGGGUUUGGAUUCCUGUGAACUUCCUCCCAGAUGCAUUUGUAGUGAAUCUAGGAGACAUUCUAGAGAUUGUGAGCAAUGGGAUCUACAACAGCAUAGAGCACAGGGCAGUGGCAAAUUCAGUGACAGAGAGGAUCUCCAUUGCCAUGUUCUUCAACACCAAAUUCUCGGCUGAGAUUGGACCUGCAAUUGGUCUGAUAAAUCCUCAAAACCCACCUUUGUUCAAACGAGUGGGGAUGGAAAAAUACUUCAGAGAUUUCUUCGCCCGUAAGCUGGAAGGAAAAGCAUACCUAGAGUAUAUGAAGAUUAAAAAUGGGGAAGGCGACACUGCUUGAUGGCAACAAUUAUAUGGUUACAAUAACAAGUGUAAGCAAUAUAUUAUGGUUUGGCAAUUGCUAUCUCACUACAUCUGAAAGUAAAGAUUUCUUGUAAUGGGUUGUUUCCUUUGUUUUUCCUUUUGUCUUUAUAUUGUACAAAUAAAAAAAUAUAAAAAUUAUAUGGUGGUUGUAAAGUUGAUACAUAUUAUCAACUUUUAAUUAUUUAAGCUUCAGAUUAAAUGGUUA